CGAGGCGAAAGAACGAGCUCAUUCUGUGGUAUUGACCGGAGAAUCUCAUCUUUCAGAGACAAAGCGAAAAGGUCUCGGCUUGAGAGUUUGUGAUUGAUGUCUCAGAUUAUGUUGGUGUAAAAUUUUUCUUGCUGAUAGCAAAAGAAUUUUGUGGCUGUUCCUGACAAACAAAUCAUCUAGCUGUUUAUUUGCUGUGUGCCCAACUGUUUAUCAAGAUUUGCUGUAAAGUUUUAUGUCAUGUUUCGACAGAUAGUUGAAAUAUCAAAGUUCAGGGAGCGCUUUUAGUGCCACCAGCAAUUUUGUGUUUAUUUCUUGGCUAAGUCAGUCUAUCAUUAUCUGUAGAUGCAAACAUCUCAGGAACACCAUAGGUCAGCCAACUUGCAAGGGUUGUACCACCAGCCUUUGCAAGAUCCCCAUUGCUUGUCUCAUUUCCAGAUUUUAGAAAACAAUAUGCGCCCCAAUAUUGGCAACCAAGGAACAAGUGUUUCGGUUGAACCAUCUAAGGAACAAUUCUUCACUCUGGAAUCAUCCCCAUCAACUGCUUGUUACGCUGUCUGUGAUUCCCCUUCUGUCACUAGCUGCUUGUCUAAUAUAAAUCCCUUUUCCUCCCAAGUUUCUCAGUCAUACCUGUCAGAUCCACAUCAUUCUCCCAACAACAACCAUGGAUCGCCCGUAAGUGGUUCUUCUGUUGCUGAUAAUGGUUAUGACUUUAGGCACAAAAUCAGGGAAGUUGAAAUUCUUUUGUUGGGUUCUGGACCAGAUAUUGCCGACAGCUGCUAUAACUCUGUCAAUAGUGGGAUCCACCAAUUCACUUCCAUGUCAAGGUGGGAUUGGAAUCAAUUGGUUGAAAAGAUCUCUAGGUUAGACCUGAGAGAGGUGCUCGAAUACUGUGCAGAAGCGGUAUCCGAUAAUGAUGUGUCAUUGGCAGAUGCUCUAAUGGAAGUGUUGGAGAAGAGGGUAUCGAUCUCUGGGGAUCCUGUCCAACGCUUGAGUGCUUACAUGUUGGAAGGACUUAGAGCAAGGUUAAAACGUUCAGGGACUGUAAUCUACAAAUCCCUGAGGUGUGAACCAACAAGCUCAGAACUAAUGUCGUACAUGUCUAUCCUUUAUGAUAUUUGCCCCUACUGGAAAUUUGCUUACAUAUCUGCAAAUGUUGUCAUUGAGGAAGUUAUGGAAAAUGAACCCAGAAUCCACAUCAUUGAUUUCCAAAUUGCACAGGGUACUCAGUGGAUGUCACUCAUUCAUUCUCUUGCACGGCGGCCUGGAGGGCCUCCCCCUGUCCGCAUCACAGGUGUUGAUGAUUCCCAAUCAGCUCAUGCUCGAGGUGGAGGACUUCAUAUCGUAGGGCAGAAGCUGUUGGAGUUUGCCAAGUCACGCCAUGUACCAUUUGAGUUUCAUGCUGCUGCCAUGUCUGGUUGCGAGGUUGAGCGAGAAAAUCUAAGGGUUCAACCUGGGGAGGCCCUGGCUGUUAAUUUCCCAUACGUGUUGCACCACAUGCCAGACGAGAGUGUGAGCACACAGAAUCAUAGGGACAGACUAUUGAGGCUGGUCAAAAGUUUGUCCCCCAAGGUUAUGACUCUUAUUGAGCAAGAAUCCAACACCAACACUUCCCCAUUUCCUCUAAGGUUCAAGGAGACAAUGGAAUAUUAUACAGCCAUGUUUGAAUCAAUCGAUGCGGCUCGCCUCCCGAGAGAUGACAAGCAACGGAUUCGUGCAGAAGAGAACUGUGUGGCCCGUGACAUAGUAAACAUGAUAGCUUGCGAGGAUACUGAGAGAGUGGAGCGGCACGAAAUGCUGGGAAAGUGGAAUGCAAGACUUAAAAUGGCGGAAUUUACUCCACUAACAUUGAGUUCCUCGGUGACUAAUGCUGUCGUGGAUCUACUAAAGCUCUAUAAUGAGAACUAUAGUAUCAUGGAGAAGGAUGGAGCCCUCUACCUACGUUGGAGGAACAGGUGUAUGGCGACCUCUUCAGCUUGGAGGUGAAAGUGAUUGCUCUGAGAAUUUCUGUAAAUCUUAUUUUUGUCAUUUUUUUUUAAUGAUUUCUAGAGCAUUAGAGACAGUGUUAUAUGCAGUUAUAUAGAGUUAGAUAGUAGUAGUACUCUUCCAAAGAUACCUAACUCAGAGGAUAAAGCUGAAUCUCUAUAUUCACUGUACAUGUCUUACUAAAAAUGAAAGAAAAUAGGUCUCAGUCGUACUGCACUUUGGCAGGUUGGCUGCCAAGAAA